UAGGAUCAACAACAUGCUGAAGAGUCUUGCAAUAGUGGUAAUAUUGGCUGGUUUUGUCUUCAGUGAAGAUGGAUCGACCCCUACAGCAAUUGAUAGUGUAGAGUCCGUAUCAAACUCUGCAACAACCGAAAGUAUAUCUAGAGAUUUGAAAAACACUGAACUUGAUCUACAAAUAUUGCAAGGAAUAAAUAAAAUGGAAAAAGAACUUAUUGAUGAGGCACUUUCUGCAUCUGGUCGGAUAUCAGCUAGUGAACUAUUGGAAGCGCAGAUGAGAAUGACCGAGUUCACAAUUCGAAUGGAGUUAAUGUCAAAAACAGUCAGUACAAUGGAUAAAAAUAUAGAAUCACUUCUCAAAUCGCAGUGAAGAUACCUUCUGAAUUUUCAGAAAAUAGCAUCAGAAUUGCAUCAUAUGAUUGGC